UUAGCAGGGAGAUCCCAUUACAGAGGACGCAUGUUGUUGUAAUAUGCUCGAAACAAAAGCGUAAGAAGCGACAGGCCUGCCGCCCAAAAAAGCGACACAUCUCCUUAAAAAAUCCAAUCUGGUUAAUCGCAGUAACUUUUAGUGGAUUUAUAGGCUACUCGCGUGGGAAAUGGAGAAGAAAAGGUGGGAUUGCACUGCUCUCCCCAAGGGCUGGAAAAUGGAAGAAGUGACCAGAAAGUCGGGUUUGUCAGCUGGAAAAAGCGAUGUCUAUUACUUUAGUCCAUCUGGGAAGAAGUUUCGGAGCAAGCCUCAGCUGGCCCGUUACCUCGGUAACCAGAUGGACCUCAGCUCCUUUGAUUUCCGCACGGGGAAGAUGCUCAUGAGCAAGCUGAACAAGAACCGGCAGAGACUGCGUUAUGAUAACAACAAUCAGAAUAAGGGCAAACCUGACCUCAACACGUCACUCCCAGUCAGACAGACAGCCUCCAUCUUUAAGCAGCCUGUCACCAAGGUUACCAACCAUCCCAACAACAAAGUUAAGACAGAUCCACAGAAAGCCGUCGAUCAGCCCAGACAGCUAUUUUGGGAGAAGAAACUGAGCGGUCUUAAUGCUUACGACAUCGCAGAGGAGCUGGUGAAAACAAUGGAACUGCCAAAAGGCCUCCAAGGUGUUGGUCCAGGCUGCACAGACAAGACUCUCCUGUCGGCCAUUGCAAGCGCCCUCCACACCAGUGCCGCUCCCAUUACUGGCCAGCUGUCUGCUGCUGUGGAGAAGAACCCGGGAGUCUGGCUCAACACCACACAGCCACUGUGCAAGGCCUUCAUAGUCACUGAUGAGGACAUCAGGAAACAGGAGGAGCUGGUUUACAGCGUGAGGAAAAGGCUCGAGGAGGCACUGAUGGCUGAUAUGUUGGCCCAUGUUGAGGAGGCUGCCAACGAAGGAGACGCUCUGAAGGAUGAGGGCAACGGCAGCGAAGACAUGGACAGCGUAUAGCACAGGUGGUUUUCUAAGUCCGGAUGGGUUUGUUCAACACCUGCGCACACACAUGACCAUGAACAUUAGGAGUCCUACAUCAGUCCAGCCCUAAAGAACUUUCCCCUGGUAUCUCCUGUCCAACUUAAACCUAAACCUGACUUGCACCAGUACAGCUUAAAAAACUGUCUUACCCCCCCCCAGACUCGGAGUCUCAAACACGUCCAUUCAUCUAAACUCUGCCGGAUGGGACUCUUUGCUUCAGCGCCUAUCAAAUGGGGCAAGUUUGAGCUGAGUUGAUUUCGACUAAGAAAUUAAUUAAAAACCCCCACCCCCUCUCCAACCAAGAAACAACAGCGUUUGAUGUGAGGUGUAUUUUCUACUAAAAAAAAAAAAAGCUCUUCUUUUUUGCAACAAUCAAGUCAAAUCCAAACACCUUACGUCAGCAAUUUUGCUUGUUUAGGACAGAUUGGAAAUGAACGUUUUGUAUUUUCAACAUGUCAUGAAUUUUUACGAAGCACUCCAUGAAUAAUACACUCAGACUGUUGAGAUUG